AUGUCUAGAUUAGCGUGGUUAAGUUCCUGUAAACUUGUAGCAGAGCUCAUGAACCGGGUCCCAAGAGAACUAAAUUCUAGCUUUCAAAAGAGGACGCAUGUCUUUAAAUAUUUUGUUUGCAGUGUUAAAAGAUCACUGAAAUUGGAUGGUCUGUUAAAAGCAAGUUCAUUUGAUUCUCCUAAAAUCACAAGGAAGAAAAGUGCUGCAGCCUAUUCUCCAACAACUGGAACCUGUCCAAUGAGCCCAGUUGCUUCUCCCACAAGCUCAAAAAAACAAGAAAACAGAAAUGGACCAUCAAAUGGAAAGAGGGAAAACUUGAAUCACCUCAGUAUAAACAAAAGAAAGGAAUCUACUAUGCAAGACAAUGAAUUCAUGGUGUUGCUAUCUAAAGUUGAGAAAUCGUCAGAAGAAUUCAUGGAAAUAAUGCAAAAUUUAAGUAGUAUACAGGCUUUGAAGCGCAGUAAAGAGCUUGAAAAUCUCAUUGGUAUCCCCCAUGCAUCAUGUGUCUUUAAAAGAGAAAUGCAGAAAACAAAAGAACUAAUGACUAACGUAAUAAAGCAAAAACUAUUUAAAAAGAAGAAUUCAGGACUUCCCAACAAAGAAUUAUGUGAUCUUGACAGCUGUGAAUUCCUUAAAACCAUUUUAAAUUUAGCCUGUCCUGCUACUGAACGAAUUAUGAUUUCAGAAGUAUCAUUCCACUGUAUUUGUCGUAAAAUCCAAAUUUACACCAUUGUUUAG